CAUUUCUUUAGUAUCCCCCCUUUUUUAAUUGGCUUCGUUUAAACGACACCGUUCUUAGGUUUUGAUAAACGUGCUUUAAAACCCUAAGCCCCAUUUUCUUUUCUUCUGCUUCUGUCUUAUCCGCUGCUUCUUCUGUCUCUCCUUCUCCCAUUGUAAAUCAUCAAACAAGAUGGGAACUGUUACAGACUACAACUUCAUAACUCUAACUGCCAUAGUAACUGUGGUGUAUCAGUUAUUUUUCUUUAUAAUCACUGUUCUUCUCAAGUUUGAUAAAGUCACUGAUUUUGCAGGAAGCUCGAAUUUUGCUGUAAUUUCUGUGUUGACUCUGGUAAUGAAAGGUUCAUGGCAUUUUCGACAGGUAAUCUUGACUUUUCUUAUAGUAACGUGGAGCCUACGCUUGGCACUAUUUCUGGUUAUAAGAAUUUUGCAAUGGGGGGAGGAUCGACGUUCUGAUAAGAUGCGUGGUAAUUUGGGGAAAUUAGCAGUUUUCUAUAUAGUUCAGGGUCUCUGGGUGUGGACUGUGAAUUUACCUGUAACAGUGGUUAAUGCGAGUGACAGAGAUCCUUCCAUUCAGGCUGAAGACAUUAUAGGGUGGAUUAUGUGGUCUGUGGGUACGUCGGUUGAAGUUAUUGCUGAUCAGCAAAAACUUUCUUUCAAGAAUUCUCCAGAAAACAGAGGAAAGUGGUGCAACAUUGGACUAUGGAAAUACUCUCGCCAUCCAAACUAUUUUGGUGAUAUUUUACUUUCCUGGGGUUUUUUCGUGGCUGCUGCUCCUGUACUUGAAGGUGCUGAAUGGCUUGUAAUUGUUGGGCCAAUCUUUCUGACAUUGCUGCUUCUUUUUGUUAGUGGCCUACCAAUCCUUGAGAGGUCAGCAGACAAGAAGUUUGGUAAUGUGGCUGCAUAUAGGAUUUACAAGAAAACUACUAGCCCUCUUAUUCCACUGCCACAAGCAGUGUAUGGGAACCUGCCGUUAUGGUUCAAAGCCACUUUUCUCUUUGAAUUUCCUAUCUACAGUCAUAAAUUUCCACAAGAAGGGCCAAACCGGUGAAGCACAAGCCAGGAAGAAAUCAGGGAUGAAUCAAAGUUGGGUUAGUACUUGUUCUUUGGAUUAGCCAGGUAACGGAUGAGUUUUCAAAACUUUAUUGGCUUCUUUCAAAUGAAGGCAAAUUGGAUGUUAAGGCGGUACUGUUGUGGUGCUUGUGUUUUUGAGGUACUUUAACCUUGUGGACAAGUACAAAUGUUUGAACCUGGAACCAAAAAGACUUGACUUUGUUCCGCAAUGAAACUUGACUUUGCCAACCUUUUCAGAGGGAAUUCGACUAAAUAAAUAAAUUGCUAUGUUAAGCUGAUAAUCAGAAGAGAAACAUUAAGAAGCUUAAACGAAUUUUACCUUAUUUUUAUAGAGAAUCAAACUCGGCAUUGGCAUGUGCUCCUGAGACGUGAAUGUCUAGCGUUUUCGAAAUAUAUCAAAUGUUUUAAUGUUGUUUAUAAAUGCUGUUAAGCGGUGAAAAGAAAUGUCAUGAA